CUAUCAACGGACUGCGAAUGUCAAUUUAAGUAUAUAUAUUGGUUCGGUCCCCGGCGAGUUGGUCUGCGCGAGCGCACCGGGUAGUGUCGCGCGCGCCCUUGGUCGCUCAAUAAGCAAACAGCGAUGCCUUUGUAGUCGGCUGCCAGUGGCUUUCAUAAAUAUACACAUUAGUGGUUCUUACUGAAAAGCUACUUGUAAUUUAUUCAAAGUUCCAGACAUAGGAAUAAGAUAUAGAAAUGCAAGAAAAUAAGGAUGCGACCACGGGCUUCGAUAACGGGGUUUAUACUGUGUUCUACCACAAGGAAGCGAAAACGUGAAGCCCCAGAGUUUUUGACGGCCCACAAUGAAAUUAAAGCAAAAUGUCCGAGUGACGACAAAAAGAAACCGUGGCUGACCACCGUAGUUCCUGUGAUUUGCAACUAUUUAACGUUAACUAUUAUAGGCUUAUCACUAUGGGGUGCGCUGUGGUGUUUGUGGGGAGAGGGCUGGAGCAUCCAAGGUGCUUGGUUCCGAUUGGCGCUGGUGGCAGUGAUAGCGUGGGCGAGUGGGCAGGCGCUACAGGCGCUGACGCUACUGCCGCCGCUGUUAGCCGCGCUACUGACCGGCAUCCUGGCUAAAAACCUCGGCUUUUUAGACAUGAACGAAUUUACAGACGUUGACAUGUUUCUAAGGAAGCUAUACCCUAUCGUAAUUCUUGGGAAGGGUGCCCUUGCGUGGGACGUAGGCUUCAUGAUUCAGAACUGGAAACGGGUAGCGACACUCGGUGUACUCCCUUGGCUCGCUGAGGUCGUGGUCCUAGCGAUGCUGGUGCAUCACUUUCUUGGAUUCCCUUAUGUCUGGGGAUUUCUUCUCGGCUCCAUUUACGCUUCGGUGUCAUGUCCAGUCGUGAUGCCGCCAGUACUAAGGGUCAGCGCAAGUGCAGGCAGCCCGCGCAACUGGCCGCAACUGGUGUGCACGGCGGGAGGCAUAGACACGGCGCUCAGCGUCGGUGUCUAUGGCCUGAUCUAUAGCAUAAUAUUCUAUGAAGCCAGCGAUGGAUGCCGCUAUACAAAGGCGGCUCUGACGUUAUUCGCCGGGGUCGGAUUAGGGGUAUUGAUGGGAUGCGUGGCGGGGCUAAUCCCGCACCCGCGGGAUUUCUACGUGACGGAGCUACGGAUACUGCUCGUCGUGGUGGGCGGGCUGCUGGCGAACAUGCUCACUUAUAUGUUUGGGUGGGGAGGCACAGGUGGUGUAGCAGUUCUAGCGUGCAAUGCUACCGCCGCGACGUUUUGGGCGCGAGACGGAUGGAAACUCAACAACAAUCCAGCCUCUACUGCCUACCGCGUGAUGUGGUCUACACUAGAACCGAUCCUCUUUGCCUACACGGGGACAUUCUUUGAGAUUAACAGCAAUGUCUCUACACAAUUAGUGCCGGGAUUCGCAAUCCUGGCUGUGUGUUUAUUUGUACGACUGACAGUCGCCGCUCUGACGUGCUGGGACUUCCCGAUCAAGGAGAAACUCUUCGUGUGCUGCGCUUGGACACCAAAGUCUAUUGUAGAGGCGGUGCUAUGUCCAUUGGCCCUCAACACUUUCACCCUAGCAGGAGAUUUCGACAGCGACGAGCGUCAGUUCGCGGAAGGCUUGCUCCGACUCAUCGUCCAAGCCAUCCUCAUCACCACGCCUAUCGGGUUCCUACUCACGAACCACUUAGGGCCUGUGCUUUUGCGGACGGCUGAAAAGGAUUGUGAGAAAGAUGACCCAAGUCCUCAACGCAGAAAAUCGAUUAAUGGAUCUCAGAACGAUUUGAAGAUAUGAAGGGACGGGACGAAAAUGAGUCCAAUGAAACUUAAGCAAUAGCUAGUCUGAUUAAAAUGCUAAUCAACAAAGGUGCUAAUAUAGUUGUAUGACUGUACAAAUGUAUAUUCAAUAAACUUACCCUCUGUUCAUACAAAAUUAAACACAUAAUAAAUAUUCUGUUGCGUAUUAAGUCAAAUGUUGAUUUCAAUAAGACGAAAAAAGACAAAACAGCAUCUUAGAAAAUCGUAAUUUACGAUUUUUUUUAAAGACAGUUUUAAUUUUGAUGAAUAAGAGAGUUAUUAUAGUAAUAAAGCUUAUUAACAACAAACUUAACUCACAAGAUGUAUUUAUUGUCAAGUAAGAACGAAUAUACAAACAAAUUAUUGAAUCUAAAUUCAUUUUUCUUUAGUGUGAUUUUGUAUUUAUAUCUAGGAAUAUUUGUAAUACAAACCAUUCCUACUUCUCAUCACUAAUAAAACCGUGGACCAUUUAGUUAUGUAAGAUAACAAUUCCUGUAGAAAAUUUUACAUUUGAUUUCGGCUGUAAAUUGUGAUAAGUUUUGUAAUGUUCAAAACAUCUAGAUCUAAAGAUUGGUUACUUCGUUUUUUCAGACCCUGUGAGUAAAUAUACGUUCGUGAUAUUUUAGAGAUUAUUUCGUAGUUAGAUUUAGAGACCUAUUAUAUUUAAUAGAUCUCAUAAGUAAACUAGAUGUAAGUAGACCAUUAUGCCAGUAAUCGCUAUGACACUAUGUCAAAUUCUCGAAUGAAGUAAGUCCUAAGUUAGAAAA